GAAUAGAAAAGGCUAGUACAAUUCUCUUAAACCUUGCUCUUCUCAGUUUUCAAUUUUGUUUUUGAGAGAGAGAGACAGAGAAAGAGAGCGAGAGCAAUACCCAGGUAAUCUAGAAGACAUGGCCGCCUUUGCAACUGACAAUCUUGGGGUUUUCAUCUUUGGCCUCCUAGGAAACGUCACUUCCUUGAUCGUUUUUCUGGCCCCAGUACCAACAUUUUACCGAGUGUAUAAGAAGAAAUCAACAGAAGGGUUCCAAUCGGUUCCAUAUGUGGUUGCACUAUUCAGCGCCAUGAUGUGGCUCUAUUAUGCAACCCUCAAGUCUGAUUUAAUCCUCCUUAUCACCAUUAACUCGGUUGGCUGUGUCAUUGAGACCAUCUACAUUGCCCUGUACAUUGCUUAUGCAACAAAACAAGCAAGGAUUUUCACUUUGAGGUUGAUUCUUCUGUUGAACUUUGGAGGGUUUUGUUUGAUUCUUUUGCUCUCCCACUUCUUAGCAAAAGGAUCACUCAGAGCCACAGUUCUCGGAUGGGUCUGUACAAGUUUUGCUGUCAGCGUCUUUGCAGCACCUUUAAGCAUAAUAAGAGUGGUUAUUCGCACAAAGAGCGUGGAGUUUAUGCCACUUCCUCUUUCCUUCUUUCUCACACUAAGCGCCACUAUGUGGCUAAUGUAUGGCCUAAUGCUGAAGGAUUUGUGCGUGGCGAUUCCAAACGUCAUGGGCCUGAUCUUUGGGGUACUUCAAAUGGUACUGUAUGUAAUCUAUAGGAAAAACAAGACAGUGCUUGUUGAGGAACAAAAGGUACAAGAACAAAUCAAAGCCGAUAUUGAGAAGGCUGAGACAAUCAUAAUGGCCGAGGUACAAGUAAUAAGCACAGAAUCCAAUAACAACAACGAAAGCAAGGAAAAGGAAAAGAUUAAUCACGAGAAUUUCAUUAACAACAGCAGCAAUCAAUUUGCGCACGCCCAAACACACCACUGUGUUUUCAACAGGGAAGCCCCACUUACCCCGUGCCAAGCAAUCAAAUGUGAAGCUUAAUUUUGGGCCUCACUUGGAGUAUUCCUAAUGCCCCGUUCGGCCUUUGCUUAUCUUAUGCCCUCUCUUCUCUCUCUUAAUUUGCAUAAGAAUCAUAUAUAUGUAACUCUCUCUCUCUCCCCCUCACUAUAUAUCACCAUGUGAUAUAUUUGUUGAAAACAUGUACGUAGAGGACGACGGUGUACAUACGGUCUUCUUUAUUAAGUUAAAUUGGUGCACCUAAUUGAUCAACUUUUUGUGUCCGACACCGUGGUACGGCAAUUAUGCUUUUUCAACGGUGGAGGGCAAAAAAGUGGUCAAUGACUGUACUAUAUAUUAAUGUUACUAAAUUACUUUAAUGAAUAAAAUAUCUAUAUUUGUGUGUUUGUAAAUUUGUGU